AUGAUUUCAGGAUUGACUCAUGGCUUAAAAUUCUGCAGGAUGUUCCAUAUAUCAACUUUCCUGAAUACCACAUCUUCUUCCAUCAUUUUUCUGCUAACUGGUGUUCCUGGGCUGGAAGCUUUCCACACCUGGAUCUCCAUUUGCUUUUGCUUUCUCUAUGUAACUGCCCUCUCAGGAAACAGCCUGAUUCUCUUUGCCAUUAUCACUCAGCCCAGCUUCCAUGAACCCAUGUACUAUUUCCUCUCCACGCCCUCUACCACUGAUCUCGGCCUGUCCAUAUCCACUCUGGUCACCAUGUUGGGAAUAUUCUGGUUCAAUGCCAGGGAGAUCAGCUUUAAUGCCUGCUUGUCACAGAUGUUCUUUAUUAAACUCUUCACUGUCAUGGAAUCCUCAGUGCUGUUGGCCAUGGCCUUUGAUUGUUUUGUGGCCCUUUCUAAUCCUCUUAGGUAUGCCACCAUUUUAACUGACCUGAAAAUAGCCCAGAUUGGAGUAGCAAUUGUCACCAGGGGCACACUAAUCCUGCCUCCUAUGGUGGUACUUCUUAAAACAUUGUUUUACUGCCACAGGCACGUGCUCCACCACUCCCACUGCUUUCACCCUGAUGUGACGAAGCUCUCCUGCACAGAUAAUAGGAUCAACAGUGCAGUUGGUUUGGUUGCUCUGGUAACCACUGCUGGAGUGAACUCCAUUUUCAUCUUCCUUUCGUAUGUUUUGAUCGUUAAGACUGUCCUCAGCAUUGCAUCCCCAGAAGAGAGGAAGAAAGCCUUCAACACAUGUAUCUCCUAUAUUGGAGCUUUUGCUGUAUUCUAUAUUCCAUUGAUCAGUCUGUCAUUUGUCCACAGAUUUGGGAAACGUGCCCCACGCGAUGUACAUAUUCUGAUUGCCAAUGCCUACCUGUUAAUCCCUCCUGUGAUGAACGCCAUCAUCUACAGUGUGAAGACCAAACAGAUACGUAGGGCUGUGAUAAAAGUUCUCCUUUCCAGGGCGCCAAUGAACUAG